AUCCAGUCCGCUGCUAACAGCUACCGCCACAGUCCCUGGAGUUAGCCACCGAGCUAGCCAUGAGCUAACAGGCACACCAAGCCGAGUGUUUUUAUUUAGCCUUCCCUCUCUCAGCUCUACUCUAUCUUUCUGCCCAAGGGAACCAUUUAACUCACAGGGUUAUCACUCUGCACUUAGCGGCUCCUGGAAUUCUUUUACGAUCUUUGUUCCAGAGUCCCACCCACCGUCUGCCUUGACCUUUCACCUCCUGGCGCGUGCGUCUACACGGAGCCAUGGCCGCUGCGAAACCCAAAGGACAGAACUCUCUGGCCCUCCACAAAGUGAUCAUGGUGGGCAGUGGAGGCGUGGGGAAAUCAGCCCUCACUCUGCAGUUCAUGUAUGACGAGUUUGUUGAAGACUACGAGCCGACUAAAGCCGACAGUUACAGGAAGAAAGUGGUGCUGGAUGGAGAGGAGGUGCAGAUAGACAUCCUUGACACAGCCGGCCAAGAGGACUACGCAGCCAUUCGGGAUAACUACUUCCGCAGUGGCGAGGGUUUCCUCUGCGUGUUUUCCAUCACAGAGCUGGAGUCCUUUGCAGCAACAGUUGACUUUAGAGAGCAGAUUCUUCGAGUGAAGGAGGAUGAGAACGUUCCCUUCCUCUUGGUUGGUAACAAAUCAGACUUGGACGACCGGCGGCAGGUUAGCGCGGACGAAGCGAAGGCACGCGCUGAGCAAUGGGGGGUGUGCUACGUGGAGACCUCUGCCAAAACCCGUGCCAAUGUGGAUAAGGUGUUUUUCGACCUGAUGAGAGAGAUCCGAGCAAGAAAAAUGGAGGACAGCAAAGAGAAGAACGGGAAAAAGAAAAGCAAAAGUUUGGCUAAAAGAAUUAGAGAGAGGUGCUGCAUUUUAUAGUGGCAAAAGCGAGCAGGCUAGCUGCUACCGUACUUGUACAUUUCUCAGACUUUUUUGCAUUUAUUUUGUGCCCAGACCUGACCAUGACUUUCUGUUCCUGGCUAAAACAGGACCUCUGACCUUGAGUCAGGAAGUAGUGAGGUGGCACUUCAUCCACCAUUUUUAGCUCUUAACUUUUUAUGUGCUGACACUCCAAAUAAUUUAUGAUUUCUGUAACCUCUCUUUCUUACUCUUGGCCACAUCAGAGUUUUAAUAGAUGAGUGGUGUUUUCAUUUUAGGCGAAAGCUUGCCAAAAAAAAAAAAAAAUAAGACACUGAAACGUCCAAAAAAAAAAACAACAUUAAAAAUGUAUAGUGUGUUUAUAUAAUCUUCCGACAGCUGUACAGGUGUACGUUUUAGAGAGAAGGAUCGACACGUUUCAGAGACGAGGUUUAAAUGGGGAAGGCACAGUUUGAAAAGCUCCAGCUAUGAAAUAAAUCCGCCACUUUCGCUCGGAGAGCCUCGAUGUUGUAGCGUGAGCUCCAGGUUCAAGUGCCACCAAGUAAAUAUAAUUUACACCGAUUAUUCUGGGAAGACAUUUCAUGAAGUGACAGUUUCCCUUUUCUAAGCAGGAGCCCAAAUUUGUUGCCAUUCCUACUUGUUUAUUUGUCCUUUUCAUCUGUAUUUUGUUUUUGUUCUUUUCCCAAUCAAACACUGUAAAAUAAGCGCACUAGGUUAAUCCAUUUCCCUUUGUUUUUUUUACCCCUUUUGUGUUCUUUCUUCUAAAAUGCACAAAUUACAUGAAUCAAUACCCUAUAUCCUCAGAGGGAUUUUGGAAACACUUGAACCGUUUUCAAGUCUAACUUUAAGUUUAACCUCGCUUGGCUAGGGAAUUUCAUUGCCUUUAUCGUGACUGAGGAAUCCCUGGUGCUCCGAUUUAAAAAGGUGAUUCCAUAACACUACAUGCAGCUCUGAUUACUAAAGCAAACUGCUUCCAUACAAUUAAACUUUUACAUGGCUCAGACGUUUGGUUAGCUACUUUCUAUUACUCUAGUCUUUAUUUAAUGUCUUUCUUAUUUCAACAUAAUUUAACAAGGAGUUUGCAGGGCUGAAAAAUUCACAAAAAUAAGGAAAAAUUAGGAAAAUGUCUUAUUUCUAAAAAUGUUGCCAUUUGCAACCAAAGAAAACUGCUAGUUAAUACAAAUAACAGGGUUCCUACACAGUCUUAAAAAGCUGGCCAUUUUCUUUCGUUGUUUAAUAAGUACUGAUUAAAAAAAGAUAUGAAAAUAUUGUUAUCCAUGUGUUGCUCCAACACAUGGAUCCAACUAAGUUGGCGAGUGAUUAAGGUAAUUAUCGAACUCCUGUUAACACCAAAAAACGCUUGAAAUAUAAUUUUUUCAGAAAAUAACAAUAUAAAAGAGAACAAGCUAUUUGACUCAAUAAAAUGAAAAAAUUAAGCUUAAACAGUCUAGAUGGGGCUUUCUUUUUAUAAAAAACAAAAAACUAAUGACUGUUUAGUUGUUCUAACUGUGCAAUAAAAUAAGAGCUUAACGCCUUUAUUUCUUGAAAAUAAUAAGCUAACAGAUUGAUCUUCAGACACAACAAGCUCUGCAUAAUUAAAGGUCGUCUGAAGAUAAAUAACUUCUCAAGUAGAAAGCUUCCACAAACAUGGACACAGAGAUAAAGGGCCCAUGCAGCAAAAAAACAAAAAAAAAACAUGGCUCCUUUCCUUUUACAUGAAGGGAUUUAGAUUGUGGACAUCAGCACCGUUCCCUCAUGCCUGCAUUACAUGUUUCCAUGGUUACCAGUUUGAUGGUGACAUGCUGUGAAAUGACUUACUUGCAUAACAGAAAAUUACCUCCGACAAAAAAAUGACCCAACCUGUUAUUUGUGAUCAUAAAUGCUCUUGGAGGAAAUCAGGAAUGGCAUUGUUCAAGGAGAGCAUUUAGACACCAAAAGGAUAUCUAGUUGAAGACGAUGAAGUAGAUGCUUCAAGCUUUAAAGAAAGUCCUGUUAGAUUUCUCGUCGUCAUUAGGAGCUGUGCAUCCUCUGACCGUAUAGGGGUGCUUAGCAACAGUGGGGAUUCAGAUUGAAGUUUGCGGCAGACGUGUGAAAUAAAAUUACCCAUUUUAAGUCAGAUGUAUCAAAUUCAGCCUGAACACACAUCUCUAUUGUAGCACCACCACAGGAUUAUGGUAACAGGAAACCAUUUAACUAAGAUUACAAAUUAUAUUUAGCGCACAAACAUGGCUCACCAGCAUUUUAGCAAGAUGACCCAACUUAGCGUUGAGGAGCACAAGCUGAUUUGCAGCAGGGAGACACUGGUAGUAUUACUCUAAUAGCUACUAGUUAAUAGGUCAGGUAGGAGACUUCCUGUUUUGUUGCUGGCUGAUCUUCACUUUCAGAUUUCCACCAAGCCCCCCCGAUUGCACCCUUGUUUAAAGUAGCUAUGUGAGUUAGCAAAUAUAUAAGGUUUGAAAUGCUUCAGCUUCACCGUUGCUUUGCACUACUGCGUUAGUUGGCAGUAGUGGUGUGUGCAACUCCAGUCUUUGUUCAUGAGGCCCUAAUAUAUCAGUUUCUGGAACAUGUACUACCUUAACCCCGCGGUUAAACAUUGUUUAGCCCUUUCUCAGCACAGCUUCUUGUGGAUUGUGGAUGAUAGUUUUGGAUUUUUUUGUUUUUUUUCAUGCUAAAUGAUUAUAUUGCAUUUUUAAAAUCGGUCUAUGGAGCUUUAUGCUUAGCUUCUUACCUACAUGCCAGAAAUGGCCUAAAUUGCAGUUGAGGGAUUUGGAAAUUUGAUUCUGGAAAAUGUCUUGUGUAGGAACCCUGAAAUAAGUGCCCACUUAUUAAAUCCAGUGAAUGAAAACCUGCCAUGGUGAGCAUAAAUCUUCAGCACUACAAUGUAAAAAAACAAAGAUCUUUGCAGAUGUUUGAAGAUGGGGAGGUAAAACGGAUCGGUGAAAGAAAUGGAAGGUUAGGAGGGCUUUUGUAAUUCUUGUGUAGUGCGUCACUGUUGCCUCUCUGUCCGUCGUGAAUGUGCAUAAUCCCCUCCUGUAAUCCUAAACUGCCAGUGCUUUGCAGAGCAUAGAAGUCAUAGAUGUUCUACUUUUUUUUUCCGUCAGCUGCAUCCUGUUCGAGGCUUCUCUGUAACGUUACAAAAACUUUGUGCGUUCCUUUUUUAGCUUAUUGGGACUAAAUGACUUGAGGGGAAAGUUGAUUUAGAAAAGACAGAACCUGACUGCACUUCAGCAAAAGCUUGAUAUAAUCAGGAGAAAACACCGGCCUACACCUGUGUUAUCUUGAUUCUUAAGACUGAGCCACUUGUUUAUUUUGAUUAAGUUUUUUUUUAACCAAUAGCCUCUAAUUGAGGUUGUUGAUACCUUCCAGUCUGAUUAUAUUAUAAACCAUUGAUGUGAGGUAAAUGCAGUUCUGGUCAGAGGCUUACAUAUGCUCCUCAUGGGCCAUGCUAUUAUGAGGGUUUAAAGGGGUGUAUUGUUGAAUAUAAGCCAUUAUCAUCCUAUCUGCUGAGUGGAUCGAUUAUUAAACAUACAACUUGGGAAAUUGGGGAUUUUCUCUAAGUGACACAGGGCAAAUAUAGGGACAUGUUUAAGCUUUUUGGCAAAAAAAAAA